AUGCGCGUCGCCCAGCUCCUCCUGGCGGCGCAGGCCGCGCGCGCGCUCGUCGACGUCGAGUGGUACUGCUACGAGGCCAGCAACGUCGUCAACGCGUCGCUGGCGGACCUGUCCGUCGCCGGGGGCGUCAACUUCACCUACUACCCCGUCAACCACGUCAACGCGACGUCGGGCGCCUUCGAGUGCGCCGUGGACGGCGAGUCCCUGGACUGCGAGAGCACCGCGUACGACGGCUGCAUGACGGACGUCCACUGCCGCGCCGGCGGCUGCGACGCCGCGACGCAGCGGAAGAUCGCGCGCUUCCUCGCCUGCUUCGAGGGGGCCUACGCGAACCGCGAGGUCAACGUGAACGCGUCGCGCCGCGAGCCGUGCUUCCGCGAGGCGGAUUUGGACUUCGCGCCCGUGCGCGCGUGCUACGCGGACGCGCCGCGCCGCGCGGCCAUCGCCGCGCGGUUGAACGCGUCCAAGGCGGCGAUGAUGGCGCGCCUGGGCGCCUCGCCGGGCCUGUUCCCCCACAUCUUCGUCGACGGGAAACCGCUCGUCGACCGCACGUGGACCGCGCUCACGCGGACGAUCUGCGGCGCGCUGCCCGCGCCGCCGUCGGUCUGCGAUUCGGUGGCGGCGCCGCGGCUCGUCUUCGCCGUCGCCGAGGGGCAGCUGCGCGAGGGCCCGGCCCUCGACGCCGCGGCCGUGCUCGCCGUGAAUUCGGCCGCGUCGAAGGCGGCGUUUCCGGUGCACUUCGCGACGGACGACGACGCGCUGCCGCCGGGCGACCCGUCCUACGUCGACGUCCGCGCCGCGACGCGCGCGAGCUGCGCUGUGGCCGAUGCGGCGGCGACGUGCUCCUACGAGGUCCUCGGCGCGUUCCGCGGCGCGGUCGACCAGGCCUGCCGCGACGGCGGCUUCGAAGCGGGCCUCGUCUACGGCCUCCGACACGCCGCGGGCCUCGACGCCGACGUCGCCGUGCGCGCGUGCUAG